AUGGCGCCGCCGCAGCACGACCCCCGCCGCCCCUACAAGCGCCCGGCCAUCUCCGACCAGCAGCGCCGCCGCGACUCCGCACUCCAGACCCAGUCCGCCCGCCGCGCCGACGCCCAGGCGCGCGCGCGCAGCCUCGCCAACUCCCUGCUCUCUCCCCAACCCUCCUCCCCCGCCGCCGCCGACCAGCCCCCGCCCUCCCUCGAGGCCCGCGACGAACGCGGCCAUGAUCCCACCGUCGCCGACGUCGCGUUGGCCGCAGCCAAGCUCCGGGGCCCCGACCAGCGCCGCUGGUUCGCCCGCCAGAUCAUGCUCCCCGAGUGGAUGGUCGACGCCCCUCCCCACCUCGCCCGCGACUGGCAUGUUUCUGCCAGACCUGCUGGCAAACGAUGCAUGGUCGUGUCGUCGAACGGCAUCACGAUUAGCAGGCUCCGUAACGGAACGAUUCUUCACCGGUUCCCCUCCGCCUUGCCCAACGGGUCAAAGAAAGGGCUCUCUGGCCCUGCAAGCUCCUACUCUAUCCUCGACUGCAUAUUCCAUGAGCCUGAUGAGACGUACUACAUCGUUGAUAUGAUUUGUUGGCGAGGCUAUUCGCUGUAUGACUGCACUGCCGAGUUCAGAUUUUUCUGGGUGAACUCCAAGCUUACGGAGACUUCUGCUGGUGAUCCUCCAUCGGCAUACCAUCGGUAUAGAUUCAGUGUUGUCCCUAUGUAUGAGUCCACGCUUGAUGGCCUUCAAACAGCAUAUUCGGGAAGCACACCUUAUGUUAAAGAUGGCUUGCUGUUCUAUAACAGGCAUGCACAUUAUCAAGCUGGAAUCACACCCCUUACAUUAGUAUGGAAAGACAAUACCUGCAGCCAAUACCUUCUUGAUACAGAUAGCGAGGGACAAGUUCCAACUGAGCAACACGUUGUGUUGGAGCUGCAAGAGGAUGGAAAGCUAGUUACUUCUGAUGAUCCUCCAAUUGCAUUUGGUAGCUUGGACAACGAAUUUAUCCAGAAGUCAAACCUGCGGCCAGGGAACCUUCUUCGCUUCAGUGUAAGAGAUGAAAGUGUGAAACUUGUGGAUGGAAAGAUGGAGAUUGGUGAGCUGCAACUUGCCGGAAAGUUGAACCGCUCUCGUACUUUUGCUGACAGCCACUCCAAAGUUUUGUUCCAGUAUGCUGCCAGGCAUGCGCCUCUGAGAAUUGAGGAUCUGGUAGCUUCUGUUCAAUCAAACAGUAUGGAGAUUGAAUCCACAGAUAUUGAAAUGCAAGGUUGA